UCGGGAUGCUCGGAGCUGAGGGACCGCCGUCCCGGUCCCAGCGCGGUCCUAGCGGAGGACGCUCCUAAGGGAGGCAGGAGGCAGGGCACCACGCUUGCCGCCCUUUCUCUCCCUUCUAGGGUCAAAAAGGCUUGUGUCCACGCCUGUGUCAGGAUGAAGAACUAUAAAGCAAUUGGCAAGAUAGGAGAGGGGACAUUUUCUGAAGUCCUGAAGAUGCAGAGCCUUCGGGACGGGGACUUCUAUGCGUGUAAACAGAUGAAGCAGCGCUUCGACAGUGUCGAGCAGGUCAACAGCCUGCUCGAGAUCCAAGCCCUGCGGCGCCUGAACCCGCACCCGAACAUCCUCUCGCUGCACGAGGUGAUCUUUGACAGGAAGUCCGGUUCUCUUGCACUAAUAUGUGAGCUUAUGGACAUGAAUAUUUAUGAGCUCAUCCGAGGGAGAAGGCGCCCACUCUCGGAGAGGAAGGUCAUGCGCUACAUGCGCCAGCGGUGCAAGUCCCUGGACCACAUGCACAGGUGCGGCAGCGCCGGAGCGCGGCGAGCGCGCCGCAGAGCGUGGCCUGGCGGCUUCUCUCCCUUCGUACCCCACAGAAACGGGAUAUUCCACAGAGAUGUGAAGCCAGAAAACAUACUCAUAAAGCAGGACAUCCUGAAGCUCGGGGACUUCGGGUCGUGCCACAGUGUCUACUCCAGGCCACCAUACACUGAGUACAUCUCCACCCGCUGGUACCGGGCCCCCGAGUGCCUGCUCACUGACGGCUUCUACACCUCCAAGAUGGACCUGUGGAGCGCGGGCUGUGUCUUCUACGAGAUCGCCAGCCUGCAGCCCCUCUUCCCUGGGGCAAAUGAACUGGACCAGAUCUCAAAAAUCCAUGACGUCAUUGGCACGCCUGCUCCGAAGACCCUUAACAAGUUCAAGCAGUCAGGAGCUAUGAGUUUUGAUUUUCCUUUUAAAAAGGGGUCAGGAAUUCCUCUCCCUACAGCCAGUUUAUCCCCGAAGUGUCUCUCUUUCCUGCACGCACUGGUGGCCUACGACCCAGAUGAGCGCAUCGCUGCGCACCAGGCCCUGCAGCACCCCUACUUCCAGGAGCACAGGGUGGCUGAGAAGCAGGCCUGGGCCAGCCGCAGGCAUGUGGCCUUCCCAGAGCACCCGGAGCCACUGGGGUACAAGUGGCAGAUCCCGGAGGGCAGCCAGCAGGUAGACCUGAGACCCGUGGACCUGUGGCCUGGGUCUGGAGACACUGGUGGGGAGGCUGUGGUGCAGCAGGAGGUCAGGUCUGCCUCUGAGGCCAGGCACUGUGCCACUUAGCGUCUCCACCCCGGCUUAGAGCAUGGGGAACCAAGUGGGCAUCCACAACCUGCAUCCUGUGGGGCCAGCCCAGGAGGGGGCCCUGCCACAAGUCUGUGUGCCUGGCCCGGUGGUCACAUGCAGGUCCUCUCUGUGUCCAAGUCCUCUGCGGACAUAUCCAGCAUUGCCCUUGGAUGGCUCCGGCAGGGGCUCCGUGAGAACCCCAGCUGGAGCUCUCUGCCUGUUUCCUUGCCCACCCCCAGCUGUGAGCACCAACUCGGGAGGGCAUCACUUUGUCACCUGCUGUUCAGAAGGGAGACAUUCACUUGGCGCUUGGCCUUGUGUGCUUUGCUGUGUUGGGUUGGCCCUGAGCCCCUAUGGAAAAGUCCCUCCAGUGCUCUUUGUGGCUCCCAAGGGACCCAUGGGCUGCAGACCCCCAGUGGUACCCUUGCCAAUCUGCUUGUCCCCUCCUGCCCUGGUGGCCUUCUUCCCAGAGCCAGCCUCAGACUCUAGGCAUAGGCCCUCCCUGGGGUGGCUCAGUCCUGUUGGAGCUCCCUGGUGGGCUGUGGCAUCUCCUGUGGUGUGGCUGUGCCCAGUAGCCAGCCCUGGGGGUAGACUGCCAUCAGAGUUCACAAACCUUUCGUGGACUGUGAAACUUGAGCUGUUCCGUAGCAGGCAGGAUGGGCUUGGGGGACCUCAGCACAGAGUAGGGGAACCUGUAGAGAGAACACAAGGGAACCCAAGCCUGUUCUGCUGGA